UUCCUUCCACCUCCGGCCGUCGACGAUUGACGAAACCCGGAAAAUACUUUGACUUGCUCGCCGGUCGCCAGCACCAUGUAUGCGCCGCAUUUCUCCUCCUCGUCCUCUUAAGAUCAGUGCGCCAUCUUCUUGCUCAGCCUGCACGGCUGCGCACUUGUUCCCAUGGCUCACUCCAUCCACUAUGGCAGCCUUCUAGUUGCUACCGCUGUGGCCGCGUUGCUCGCUGCCAGCGAGGUGGAUGGCAUCGGGUUGAACCUCCACCACCGCUCCUCGCCGGUGGUCCGGCGGUGGGCGGAGGCGCGAGGGCACGCCCCCGGCACGUGGUGGCCCGAGGCAGCAGCAGAUGGCACGCCGGAGUACUACUCUGCUCUGUUCCGCAACGAUCGUGCUCUCUUCGCCCGCCGGGGACUCGCUGCCAGCAACGGCCAGGGUGAACUGGCCUUCUCCGGCGGCAACGCCACCUUCCAACUUGAAGGAUACUUGCACUACGCGGAGGUAGCGGUGGGCACGCCGAACAUGACGUUCCUGGUGGCGCUCGACACCGGCAGCGACCUCUUCUGGGUGCCCUGCGACUGCGAGCACUGCGGCAACGCCACGGCGCAGGGAGACCAGAAGUACAGCCCGAGCCGGUCGUCGACGAGCAAGACGGUCACGUGCGAGCACGCUCUGUGCGACCGGCCCAAGGCCUGCGCCACGCGCAACAGCAGCUGCCCCUACAACGUCCGGUACGCUUCGGCCAACAGCUCCUCCUCCGGGGUGCUCGUCGAGGACGUUCUCCACCUCUCCCGGGAGAAGCAGCACGGCGGCGGCGGCGAGGCGGUGCAGGCGCCCGUCGUGUUCGGGUGCGGGCGGGAGCAGCAGAAGGGUGCCUUCCGGGAUGGGGAUGGCGUGAUGGGGCUCGGCAUGGGCAAGGUCUCCGUGCCCACCUUGCUCGCCAGCAGCUUCUCCAUGUGCUUCAGCGACGGCGGGGUCGGCCGGAUCAAUUUCGGCGACGCCGUCGACCCGGGCCAGGCACAAACGCCCUUCAUCCUCACAAACCCGCAUUCAACAUACAAGAUCGCCACCAGGGGCAUGAACGUGGAGAACUUGGACGUGCCGCUGGAGUUCCAGGCGGUUCUGGACUCCGGCACGUCAUUCACAUACCUCGCCGACCCAGUGUACACGGCGUUUGCCUACGAACUGAUGUCCCAGAUUAAUGACACAAGGGCCAACCUUAGCGCCUCUAUCCCAUUCGAGUUUUGCUACGGGUUGAGUCCCAACCAAACAGAAAUCUACAUACCGGAUGUGAGCUUCUGGACCAAGGGAGGAGCCAAGUUUCCUGUCACACGGCCUUUCUUCGUCGUCGCCGAUCGCCAUGGAAAAGGCGCCGUCGGUUACUGCUUGGCGAUUCUCAAGAGCGAAACCGACAUCAACAUCUUCGGCCAGAACUUCAUGACGGGGCUAAAAAUCGUGUUUGAUAGGGAGAGGUUCGUCCUGGGCUGGAGCAAGUUUGAUUGUUAUAGAGAUAUGGAAAUGGAGGAUGUUGGGAGCGCUGCCCCUGCGCCGGCAACUGCACCUAGGCCAGCCACGGCAUAAUGGAAGAACGAUGUAGCCAACGGGUCAAACCCUGCGUCGCUGCCCAUGCCCAAGCCAGCCAACUCUGGUCAUACUACCAGAUUUGUAUUCCAUCCUUACAUAGGUCAAUAAUAAGAUCGAUUUUGCUUAUAGUUAUAGAGUAUGUGUGUUUGGGCACGGCACACAUAUAUUCUGACUGAAUAAGCUGCAGUUAUUGACACCUGUUGCUCAUAAUUUCUGGGAAA